CUGGUUUCUGUUUCCUAAAUCCUGGACCAUCUUUACCAUCUCUGCCAUGUCUUUUGUAAUCAAGCCAGUGAACCUUGAAGGUGGCCAGUGUUUCUGGUGUGGAAAGUAUGGCCACAAAAGACCUGUCUGCCCUCUUCUUAAAGAGAAAUGAUUCAGAUCUCUUUGCUUACUUUGAUCAAACCCACCAAAAUAAUAUAUACUCUAAUAUCCGUCCUAUGAAAGCUCUUUUACUUUAUUCUAUCCUAUUUUAUUUAUUUAUUUAUUGUAUGUAUGUAUGUACAAUAUGCUAGUAUGUCUAGCUAUUGAGUUUCUUUGGCCACAUCUUUAUUUCUUUCUUUUCUUAUACCUCACUUUAUGCUGUGAUACCUUUCAACUUAUUCUGUACACCCCUCUUUCUAUGUUUCUUUUUUUCAUUUUCAUUUUACUCAAAAAAAAAAUUCUGUAUGCUUUUUUAUAUAUAACCUUUAUAAUAAUAAUAAUAAUAAUAAUAUUCAUAAUAAUAAAACUAAUAAUAAAUGCUGGUUGUUGACACUAUU